AUGGAUAAACAUAAUGAGUGGACAUGUGACGCCAACGAUGCAGUGGAAAUAUCCAUGGUCGAACCAGGCGAUGACGGCCAAAAGUUGACUGCCCGCUCGACUUUCUACCCCCAAUUCACAUACCCGCUCUUCGGAGACGAGGAAUCGAUAUUUGGCUAUAGGAAGCUGAACAUUGAACUUCGUUUUGCGGCUCACGACCUUCAAUCCCAUCUACAGAUCUCAUAUGAUGAGAAGUUCAAGCAAGUGGAGGAUAUAAAAGCUGUUGAUUUGCUAAGGAUUCUCAAACCAUAUCUUCCAGAAGCUUCUUUCUCGACUUUCGAUGAGUUUAAGAAGCGGAUAAACGAUGGCAGUGCGCCCAAGUUCACACCCCCGGGAAAGCUGGUUCAUAGCUAUUCGAGAGAUGAGAAAGACUACGAGAUAUGGGCUGGUUCUCUGGCCGAUCCGGAAGUGCGCAAGACGCUCGAUAGGAUACAGAUAUUUGUUUCGUUUUUCAUUGAAGGCGGAACUCCUAUCGAGACUGAUGACUUUGACUGGACGCUGGAAAGAUGGAUAAUAUAUUUCGUAUAUGAAAAGCACAAGAAGCCAUCCAGUCCAAAAGCAUCACGGUACUCCUUUGCCGGAUACGCAACCACAUAUAGAUGGUACUUUUUCCACCCAAAGUCAUCUAAUGACGCAAAGUUAGGAUAUGAGUCCCAGAAAACAGAUGCAUUCGACUCGUUCCCCGUAUCAAAGAUACCCGCGCGGCUGCGUAUUGCUCAGUUCCUCAUUAUUAAACCAUAUCAGCACGCUGGUCAUGGGUCCCAGCUCUACCGCACAAUCCAAAAGGCUUGCCUUGAUGACCCUACCCUCUUUGAACUCACAAUUGAGGACCCGAACGAGUCUUUUGAUGCACUUCGAGACUCAAAUGAUUACCAUAUGCUAAAGCCAGAAUUCAUCAAAAAUAACAUUAGCAUCAACCCCAACCUCCCAAACACCACGCCCGGAGCCUCCUUCUCUAACCUACCCAAACAUCCCCGCGUCAUGCCAACAUCACUCUUAAUACCAACAAAAACCCUCGAUGAUCUCCGACAAGAGUUCAAAAUCGCGCCUACACAAUUUGCCCAUCUGGUUGAAAUGUAUCUUCUCAGCCAGGUACCAGAGUCCCAUCGUGGAGCUGAGAACGUCAACAUGACUCGCCUCACUACUCAGAAGUCUCGAAUGCAGAACGAACAUGAUAGACGGUAUUAUUGGUGGCGCAUGCUCGUCAAGCAGCGAUUGUAUAAACGACAUCGCGACAUGUUGAUACAGAUCGACAAGGACGAACGAGUUGUGAAGCUUGAUGAGACGCUGCAAAACGUUGAAGAAGGGUACGAUGUUUUGCUGAAGGCAUUUGAUGAACGACCCUCUGGAUCAGGCAAGGGUAAGGGUAAGGCACGAGUGCAAGAUGGAGCUGAUGAUGAUACGGAGGGUGUGAGUGAGGCUCCUAUUUCUUCAAAUAAGAAACGGUCAAAGAGGAAGUUCACGGUUGAAGAGGAUGAUGAGGAUGAUGAGAUGGUAGAUGCUCAGCCUGCUAAGAAUGGAGGUGGGAAGAAGAAGCCAAAAGUCUAA